AUGGCAGUUUCCGAACCCAACCCCAGCAAGGAAUCUCCACUCAAUGAGGAAUUCUCAAAACUGGUUCACAGAACACUAGAGAAAUGGCACAUUCAAGGCGUAUCUAUUGCUGUCGUUGACGGAGAUGAGACAUGGUCUGAGGGUUAUGGAGUUGCCUCUUUGCCUGACACCCCAGUCACUCCCGACACUUUGUUUUACACAGGCAGCACGACAAAAUCCUUCACUGCAUCUGCAGCUUCGUUGUUGGUCGACGAUAACGAGAAAUAUCCCCACAUAAAAUGGACAACGCCGCUCAGCCAACUCAUCCGCGACGAUUUUGUCGUGCAAGACGAGUAUGCGACAUCACAUAUCACCCUAGAGGACGCGCUGUCUCACAGAACCGGAAUGCCCGGACAUAUGCUGACAUUGAGUCGCGAGGGCUCAGUGCGCGACGUGGUCCGUAGUCUGCGUCACUUCCCAAUGGACAAGGAAAUCAGGACGACCUGGCAAUAUUCAAACGCCAUGUUUAUAACCGUGGCACAUAUGAUCGAAGUAGUCACUGGAGAAUGGCUAGGCGAUUUCCUUCGCAAUAAGAUAUGGACUCCUCUUGAGAUGAACUCGACCUUCUUCUCGCUCCAAGAUGCUAGAGACUACGCUGCUUCGGAAGGCGUGACAAUAGCCAAAGCUUAUGGCUGGAAUGAUUCCUCCUCCGAGCCAAUAGAGAUUCCGUAUUGCGAAGGAACUCUCAGCGGCGCUGGAGCUGUCAUUUCAACAGUCCGUGACUACGCCACCUACAUCCGCUCGAUGAUUCGGCAGUCCGGACCACUUUCGAAAUCAGCAUAUGAAGAGCUUCUUAAGCCGCGAUCGUUCGUUCCUCAGUUGCUUCCGCAACUCACGCAGCAGAUUUUCUACACUCUUGGGUUGAUUUCGAGCACCUACCGAGGCGAAACUAUCAUCUUGCACCCCGGUGGGCUUGAUGGUAUGACAGCGACAAUGAUCUUCUUCCCCAAACGAGACUGGGGAGUUGCUGUCUUCUGCAAUGCGACGGGUCCAGGGCGUGAAGUCCUCGCUUGGCAUUUGAUUGACGAUUUACUCAAUGUCCCGGAGGAAGACCGUGUCGACCUGUUUAAAAUAAAGCAGAAGAAACUUGCUUUAAUCGAAGAAAUGCGCUCGACAGCUAAAGAGCGUCUUUACCCCUCCGCCCCUUCACCUGGUCACCCUCACACACUCCCUUUACAAGAAUAUACGGGCACAUAUACGCACCCUGCAUAUCCAGAUCUUAUAAUAACGGUGCAGAGCGACGAAGUGCCUUUCCUACACGUUGUCGUGACAGGAUGCUUCAAUCAAACCCUGCAAGUCAAACAUGUGUCUGGUGAAUAUUUUUUGGCAGAAAUCUUUGAAUACAUGUCGAUUCCUGAUCCAUCCGCUGUUGUCAAGGCCGAGUUUCAUCUUGGUGUUGAAGGCAAAGUUGAUAGAUUUGGCUUCGUUGCUGAUUUCGCCGAUAUGCCGGAUACUAUUAUCUGGUUUGAUCGGGCUACUGAGGGAAGUCAAUGUUAA